AUUGAUGGUGAGGAGUUAUUCAGCUGUGCAAGACAUAAUUGUCUUGGCCUAGCAUUGUGUAGUUUGAAUAGGAAGCAUAGCAAUGCACCUAAUUGGGUUUUACAGAUGGUAUGUGGAUUGCUAUUGUACAGAGUAGACACACUUCAACUUGAACACCAUGAGGAAAUGAGAGUUGGUUGUGGCUGCUCUGAAAAUGCAGUUGAAGAUAAUUUGUUUUUGUUUUCUUGAGCUUGCUAAAAUUAUGCAAGAAUUACUAAUUUUUCUGAUCCAAAGGCAGAAAUAUUUAACCUUUUUACUUCAGUGUAAACUUGACAAUUUUUCAAGUCUGAGAAGCUCAAGCCAUCGGAAACCAUGCAUUUGAAGUGUCUAUCCAGACAGACAAGUCUCUUCCAGUCAUCGGUGAAGACUUUACAAUGUCCUGUUCGUUCACACCGGAAUCAAGAAAUCGGCGAGUGGUCUGGACCAAGGGUGACAAUGUCGAGGUGGCUUCUCAUUCAUGUUUACCGUAUAGGGAUUGCAUAUUGUCAACCUUUCUUGACCCAAAGAAGUUCAGCUUGUCGGCUGAUAAUUCGAGUGGAAAUUUAACCAUUAGAAAUCUUGAUGAAAAUGAUAGCGAUGAUUAUUCUUGCUCAUUAAGCAGCACAUACGGAAAUGAGAAACCUGGAUCCAGUAGCAUGCAGGUAACACCAUUACAAUCGACUGCACCCUUCAGGAUUCGUAUAACAGACGAGAGCUCGAAUCGUCCUUACUUUCACAACACGACUAUAACAAUAAUGGCUGGACAUCAAGUUAACAUCAUAUGCGAAGCGUACUGGGCGAGGCCUCCAGCAGUACUACAAUGGCAUAUACCCUACGAUGUAAUAGCUUUAUCUGGUGAUCAGUUUGAUGCCAUACAAGACGACCUAUAUAUCUCCCAAAAAGCUCUAACAAUCAAAGCCUCUAAGAGUGACCGAGGAAGGAUACUUGAGUGCACUGCAUCCCAUCCACUACUUCAAAACAAUCUCCAAAUAUCGGUUCAUUUGAAUGUUCAUGUUCUACCAUCUAGUAUGCUGCUCUUUGUUCCUCACGCUGAAGGCCACCAAGAACAUGGAACUCCGUCAAGAAGUCUAUACAUUAAAGAAGAUUCAAUCACUUCAGUCACUUGUAAAGCGAUUGGAUCAUUCCCAGCGACUGAAUUAGAAUGGCAUUUUCCCGAUGGCAACAUUAGCCUGCUGAACAACACAGAGACUCGAAGUUUCAUUUCAGAUGAUAAUUUAUCUGACACUGAGAGUUCCAUCACAAUAUUGCCAAAAAAGAAGGACCAUAGACAAUACAUUCACUGCAACGCAUAUAUGGUUGGCAAGUUUGUUGCCAUCGCGGUAGCCAGAUUGAUGGUGUACGCCAUACCAGAUAAUGUUAAACUGACCGUCCCAGAGAGCCUUCAAGACGGUAUACAAACCGACAUAACCUGCACAGCUCGCAAUGGGUAUCCUGCUCCUUUCAUUCACUGGUAUAUCGGAUCAAGGAACGUCACAGGCAAUUCAACCCAGAGGAUAUCCAUCAACAACGCUGAUCGAUAUGAUGCUGAAAGCAGUCUGAUCGUCGUACUCAAUAGGUUUGACCAUGGGAAACAUCUUUUAUGUCAGGCAUUUCAACCUGAUACACCCUUUGAAUCGUCAAUAAAUGCAAGCAUGAUUUUGAACAUAUCCUGUGAGUAUCAAUAA